AUGUACUCGUUAGAGGGUGUGAUUACGUCAAUCCAGGGUCUAUCGGCGAGUGCUGGGGAUUUAUCUGCACUUCACAAGCUUCUAAAAGGAGCCGAGGACUCGCUCCGAACCGACUCCGAUGUUAAAAUCUCCACUCUUGACCAGCUCGACCCCUCGCAGCAUUCCCUCGGUUACCUGUAUCUCCUUGAGGCUCUCACGCGUGGUUCAGUGUCGUAUGAGAACGCUUCUGAUGUAGCUCUGUUAAUUGCACGGUUCAUCAACGCUUGCGAUGCUGGGCAGAUUCGUUUAGCGAGCGACAAAUUUGUAUCUCUUUCUAAGAGAUUGAAAGACAAUGUUUUGGAGCUCAGAGAUCCCUUACAAGGUGUGGCACCACUGUUGACUGCUAUUCAUAAAGUUCAACCCUCCCCCAAACGUUUGACUGCACUGCAUCCAGAUGCUCUUCAACUGUGUUUGCUGGCCAAGUGUUACAAAGCAGGCUUCUCCAUUCUUAGUGAUGAUAUCUUGGAGGUUGACCAGCCAAGAGAUUUUUUUCUCUAUUGCUAUUACGGGGGAAUGAUAUGCAUUGGACGUAAGAGAUUUCAGAAAGCAUUGGAGCUACUUUUCAAUGUUGUCACUGCUCCUAUGCAUCAAGUCAAUGCUAUAGCUCUGGAGGCAUACAAAAAGUACAUAUUGGUGUCUCUCAUUUACAAUGGGCAUUUUAGUACAAGUCUCCCCAAGUGCGCUUCUUCAUCUGCUCAGAGAAGCUUCAAGAGCUUUUGUGUAACUUACAAUGAAGUGGGUACUUGUUACAACGAAGGGAAGAUCGCUGAACUAGAGGCACUGGUUGUAGCCAGCAGCUCAGAUUUUGAAAAGGACAAUAACCUUGGAUUAGUCAAGCAAGCUGUUUCAUCCCUUUACAAGCGGAACAUUCUGAGAUUGACUCAAAAGUACCUGACCUUGUCGCUUCAAGAUAUUGCCAGCAUGGUCCAACUUGAUAAUGCUAAGGAGGCCGAAAUGCAUGUGCUUCAGAUGAUCCAGGAUGGUCAGAUACAUGCCCUUAUCAAUCAGAAAGACGGAAUGGUCAGAUUCUUGGAGGACCCUGAGCAGUACAAAACCAGUGAGAUGAUAGAGAUCAUGGAUUCUGUUAUCCAAAGGACUAUUGGGCUGUCGAAGAAUCUCUUAGCCAUGGAUGAGAGCUUGUCGUGUGAUCCUUUGUACUUGGGAAAGGCUGGAAGGGAAAGACAAAGGUUUGACUAUGGAGAGGAUUUCGAGAAUGUCCCUGCGAAGUUUUCCAUGUGA